AUGGAUACGUGGAAAAAGCAGGUUGGCGAGAAGACGCCCGAGACGUCAAGAAACCCGUCGCCAGACCGGUUGCAGCAACGCUUAAACAGGAUUUUUGACGAAUCAAGGACGAACAACAGCCAGCCAUCGAAAGGUCAACAGGAAACAGCAUGGUCUGCUACUGUUCGCGCUGCCACAUACUCUGCAGAAGGAGGCCGGUCUCUACCCAGCUCACCAACGAAACCAUCGCGGCUACGGCCUCAAGAGGACCGACCUCAUAGCUCUUCCCAAAGCAUUGCGGCCUCGCAUCGUCGUGCCAAAACAGAUCUUCCGGGGCUUGUGAAUGGGCCGUCAUUCCCCAUAGAUGGAAUAAGGACGACCAGCCACUACACUGACACGGACCCGUCCAAGCUCGAGGACGUGGAUCUGGGCGCUUCAACGGAGAAAGCCAACGAGCCUAAAUCCAACCGCUCCAGCCGGUUGUUCUCUGGGCUUUUCCAGGGAGAAUCUACACCUAUGCGAUUGGGGCUUAUUUCCUCCCCACGUUCGGAUAGGGGAGCUUCAGAUGACAUUAUGCACGACACCUCACCUUCUCUCGAGCGAUCAAGUCGCAACUCCUCCCCAUCGUCGCCCACGAAGCUGUCGGGAAAUAUGAACGUCUCGGCCUCGUUGAGGCAGGUUGCUUCAGGAAAUCCCUUUUCAUUCUUCACGUCAAAGCCCCAGCAAGCCCGAAGGGAACCGCUGCCAGAACCUGCCAAUGACAAGCUUUUAAAUCUCGAUAUCAAAUCUAUCCUAUGCCACCCUUCCUUUGCUGACCUCCCUCCCGAAGAAGCCCUUCAGUCCUUUCGAGCCAACGCAGAAAACCUCCUACACGAAUUCCAAGAAUCCUACAAACAACGAACUUUUGCAUUACAUGGGGCGGUAGCGGAGAAAAAUGCACAGGAAGACGAGCUGGAGGACGCGCAAUCGCGGAUCAAAAAUAUCAAGUCUCAGCUUGACGGAAUGGCGGCUAGGGUAGUUGAACAAGACAAAGCAUUGAAGGCUCUGACCGAGGAGCUUAAGGCUGAGAGGCAGAAAUACCAGGACGAAAUAAAGACCAAGCAGCAGCAACAGCAGAAACAACCGGAAGGCACGGCUACACAAACACGAGAUUCCAAGGGUACUCACUCAAAAAAUUCGAGUGGCGUGACGAUUACUAGCGAUUCCGGCUUUGACUCAGGAGACGAGAGCAUUGCUGAAAGCGUGUUUUCUCGAGAAAAUGACGAUGGUGCAUCAGUCAACACCAGGUUUUCUGCAGUCUCGAUGGCAAGCCCGUCUGCGACUACCCCCCAGCAGAGUCCAGCAAUGUCUGCGCCUACAUCUAGCCCGAGUACUCCGAAAGCCGCCCAGCCAGCACCACAGCGCGAGAGUGCCUACGGCAGAGUUCUCAAAGGCAUAUCAUCGUCGGCUCUCGGCACAUCCUUCAAUGCCUUGACAUCUUCUAGACUUAAAUGUCCCGAUUGCCGUGCCAAUGGCUCAUCGGACGCUUCGACCGUCACCAGCAUCCUAAGGGAGGAGAACCGAUACCUAAAGAACCGCAUCAUAGAUCUUGAAAGCGCAGUUGAAGAUUGUAUUUCUCUCGUCGGAGGAUAA